AUGAGUUACCGCCCAACUCUUUCAAGUACCAAUGACGGUAGACAAGGAACAAUUCUAAACACCCUCGGGCUCAACAAACUCAAUUUUGAUACUUUGCAUCAUGACGUUCGUCGUAACCUCACGAAAGUUGACCCAAGACUGACGGAAGAUUUGAAAAACAUUACGCUUCUGUUGAAAGAAGAGAAAAAUAUUUUGACUAGCUUGCAGAAUGUUGCUGCUGAAAGGAGAGAAGUCAGCAAACAUAUUUUCAUUUGGGGAAAAGAAGAUAAUUCUGAAGAUAUUGCAGAUAUAACCGAAAAAGUGUCAAAUUUAUUGGCGAAAGUAGCGGACGCAGAGACAGUUUUAUGUGAAAAAUACGACCACUAUCGCAACAUACUCAAAGAAAUCCGAGAAGCAGAUCAACGCCUUCACGCCCCGAAAGAACGGCGACGAAAAGUCAAUGAUGAAUUAACUAGACUCAUGAAAUCGCAUCCGGGCUCGCCGCGGAUUCAAGAACUUCAGAAUGAUCUUCAACGUAUCAACACAGAUUCGACGGUCGACAGUUUAGAAGUCGGUAAUAUAAAAAGACAAAAGUUGAAGGAGGCGCUCACAUUACAGAUGAAUGCAAUUUUUGAGACUGCGGAGAAAAUCGCAAUAAUCACGGGUUUUGGGUUGUACCUUUUGGAACAUAUCAAUACCACGCCGGCUAGAGUCGGAGAACCGAGGCCAAAAUAUGAUUCUUUCAAUGCCACUCAGGAAGUAAUUAAAGAAUGCCAAAUAGCAUUGCAUCGUUGGCAACCACCAUCCACCGAUAUCAAAGAGCUCUUACCAGCACUAACAAAUACCGCACCAGCACAGCUAGCCGCCCAAAAACAAGAGUAUGAAGCAAAAAUAGCCCAAUUACAAACCACAAUAACCUCGCAGCGACAAGCCUCCGACGACCAAAUCGCCGAACUCUUAAAAAAAUUAGCAGACCAAAAAAAAACGUUCGAAGAUCAAAUAGUCGAACUGACUACGACGUUUGCAGCACAAAAAAAUGCUUACGAAUCACAAAUUAAUGAUUUAUCGGACUCGGUAUCAUCGCAAAAACAUUUCUAUGAAGUGCAACUUAAUGAUCUUGGAUCUGCUUUAGCUACACAACGAGAAGAAUCAGGAACGAAGAUUUCGGAACUUGAGACAAAAAAUCAAGAGUUCCAAAUGGAAAUUCAGCGUACUGAAGCAAAGGUUAAUGAGUUGACGUCUGCUUUAAAUAUCGAAAAGGAAAAAAAUGAAACUCAACUCAAAGACCAUAAUACAAUUCUUGCGCAAAAGCAGGAAUAUGAGGUACAAAUUCGUGAAAAAGAUGCACUUAUUGUUAAACUUCAAAGCGAGAUGAAUAGUGUUGCCACUGAAAAAGGAAAAUUAUCACAAUUAGUUAAAGAUUUAGAGGAAACACUUAAAUCCAAAACAUCUACUUUAGAUCAAAAAGAGGAAAAGCUUGGACGUCUCGAGGAUGAUAUCUCAAGUAUUAAAUCUCAACUUGCUGGACUCAAAGUUACUCCUUCGUCACCAAUACCUUCGAAUGCAGGCGCAGGUCCUCCAUUAAAUAGAUCACUUGGAGCUAGUCCAGCAGCACCAUCACCUGCUAGCGUAGAUGUUGCAGCUUCUACAGAACAAGACGGAUUAUCCCGAACACCAUCUGCCGCUCAACAUAUGGGACCUCCAUUUCAACAACAACCGUUAUAUGGUCAACCACCACCACAAGGAUAUUAUAAUCAACAACAGUAUUAUCAACAAUAUUAUCAACAGCAACCAGGUUACUAUGGUCAAGCUACGCCAGCAGGACAACCUGGUCCAGUAGAAUUUGGGUAUACUGGUCAAGGUGUUCCUCCGCCUCCAAAUCAAGCAGGACAACCUGGCCCAGUAGAAUUCGGGUAUACUGGUCAAGGUGGUCCUCCACCCCCAAAUCAAGCAGGAGGUUUUGUAGGAGGUUUCUUCCUUGGUGCUCCGAUCGAUGAAGCACCACCUGCUUAUGAUGGUCCUCCAAAAGAUGGCUUUCCAGGAGAUGGAAAGAAAGAUGAGAAAAGCUGA